CUGCCAGCAGCGUGAGCGUGUUUCCUCAACAUCUCCUGCCACCAGACUUCCAUACCAACAUGUAUCAGCGGUCUGAAUAGAGUUCAAAUCGUGUCACGUUGUCACGUUUUUGUAGCUCUGAACAUGGUUUUCGUCAGGAUUCAAGAGACGCAGAUUCAAGAAGAUCACGAUUACGAUGAGGCAGCAGGUGUGGGAGAGAUCUGACGAGGUGUGUGGGCCCAUAGCGUGACACCGAGCGAGUGAUGAGGGCCAUUCUUCCUGUGUGUGGAGGUGGCGAUGGAGGGGAGUACCGCGGCCUCCGCAGUAGAGUGGGCAGGAUGAAGAAGCUGCUGUGGCUCAGGCCCAGACACUGCGUGGAUGUCCACAUGGACACGGAUCCCAGCGUGUGGCUCACGAGCUUCCAGUUGUUGGACACUGAUGGGCAGUAUGAGGACCCGGUGCAGGAGUGGGGGGAGGAGGUGGAGGACGGGGCCGUGUUUGGCAUCACACUACGUAGGGAGCCCAUCCUGCCAAGCUCAGACACGGGAGAGUUCCCUACAGCCCUCAGCUUCGUCCAGUACCACACAGUGAAGGUGCGCAGGCUGAAGGCCGCCACCCUGGAUCGUCUGGUCACCCACCUGCUGGACCUUGAGCACCAGGAGCCCAACUUCAUCCAUGUCUUCCUCUCCACCUACAGGGCCUUCACCUCCGCCAGCACCCUCAUCAAGCUGCUGUUUCAGAGAGAUGACUCAGUCGCCAACCUGGAUAACAGUGUUUGCCCACGCAGUACAUUACCCCCCGUGAUCCGACUGUGGCUGGAGGAGUACAGUGAAGACUUCCAUGAGCCCCCUCAGUACAAGGCCCUCCGGCUGUUGUGUGUCCACUUGCGGCGUCGCCUCUGCUUCAGACGCUUGGCUAACACUGCAGAGACCCUCCUCAAGAGGCUCCAGGAACAAGAUUGUAGCCAGGCUGCGUCAGAGCACAACAAUGAGCCGUUGCAGCAGGAGGACACAGAUCAGGAGGACGGAGGAAAGAUGUCCACUAAGGAGGAAGACAAAUGCAACUUUAUGGACUUCCCUGUGUCAGAAGUGGCAGAGCAGCUGACCCGAUUGGACGCUGAACUGUUUGUCAGGGUGGUGCCCUUCCACUGUCUGGGCUGUGUCUGGUCCCAGCGUGACAAGAAGGAAAACCAAAACCUGGCGCCAACCGUCCGCGCCACCAUCUCCCAGUUCAACGCUGUCACUAACCGUGUCAUCACCUCCCUCCUCUGCCCGCCCUCUACCAGCCCUUCCACUUCCUCUCCCAUAUCAUCACCCGGCUCCACCUCUAACUUCCCGUACCCCUCCACUGCCCCGAGCUCACCUCGCUGCACGCACACCAGCCCUGCCCACAGAGCCCGCAUCAUUGAGAGAUGGAUCGCUAUUGCUCAGGAAUGCAGACAGCUGAGGAAUUUCUCCUCUUUGAGGGCCAUACUUUCAGCCCUGCAGUCCAACGCUGUGUAUCGCCUCAAGAAGACGUGGGCUGCUGUCAGCAGGGAAAGCAUGGCAACCUUUGACCACUUGUGUGAGACUUUCCCUGAUGAGAACUGUGGGCUAAUCAGCAGAGAGAUCCUGGCGGAGCAUGGGAGUCACCCAGAUGGCAGUGGCAGCCCGGGCUCCAAAUCACCCCAGCUCUGCUCAGCGUCCGGACGGAUGAACUUCAGCAGAGGUGCGGUGCCGUACCUGGGCACUUACCUGACCGUCCUCACCAUGCUGGAUACAGCACUGACCGACACUGUAGAGGGUGGACUCAUCAAUUUUGAGAAGCGCAGACGGGAGUUUGAGAUUAUCUCUCAGAUUCGGCAGCUUCAGGCUUCCUGUUCCCACUACAGCCUUCUGGUCAACUCUCAUAUCACCACCUGGCUGCAGGCACAUAUAGUGCUGACGGACCAGGAGAGCUAUGAGCUGUCACGUGACCUGGAGCCUCCAGUUGACCCCUGUCCCAGCUCUCCCAACUCAUGGAGCAGUCGUCUGCUCAUCUCGUUGCGACCAGCCAGUGACAUCUCCCUCAGGAAGACCCAAGCUGACCAGAUCAGUGUGUCGUCCUCUGGAUCCAGCAGUUCGGACAUGGAAGACCUCGCUGCCCCUCAGCCCUCCCCCCUCAGACUCAAACUGAAGUCUCUCUCAGGGUCUCUCCACAAUGUUGCAGAGGACUUCUCCUCCAGCUCCAUGUCCUCCUCCUCUCCUACUCUUUCCAAUUCUUCCUGCAGCUCCUCACAUCCAGACCUCAGCUCGUCUUCUCUGGUUCUGAACCCAGAGUCGUCAUCGUCCUGCUGCUCUCCUCUGGCCAAGCUGCCCCUCUACAACAAACAGGUCGCUGACUCAUGUAUCAUCAGGGUCAGUGUGGAGUGCAUCAGCAAUGGGAACAUCUACAAGAGCAUACUGCUGACAAGUCAGGACCACACACCUCAGGUGAUUCAGAGGGCUCUUGAAAAACACCACAUGGAGGAUGUCAGCUGUCAUGAUUUCAGCCUCUGCCAGAUGCUCAACAAUGGAAAAGAGCUCCAGAUCCCAGACAAAGCCAAUGUGUUUUAUGCCAUGAGCACUUCUGCCAACUAUGACUUUGUGCUGCAUCAGCGCUGGAGGAGCCACGGGAGAAAUCUGGGCUCCUUCUCCAGUCCUGGGGCUCAACCCAAGAGCCGCCAAGCCAAGUGAAAAGCAUCAGUCCUGGCUGAAUGUUGGGAGUAUAUGUAGAAGUCAGAGGAGCUGCUCAUCUGCAACGACAGCCCAACCACAAAUCUGUGGCCAUUUGUAACUGCUCAUCACCACGAGGUUGUUGCUGUGCAGCAGGUCCGAGCCGCUCUGCCAUAGAGGCCCCCGAGAAACCACAGGGCUAUGACUGAAAAAUAAGGUUGAGGAGCUCUGAUCAAGACAUAGUCUUCAACGAGAAUUCAUCAAGAAUUACUCUGGACUGUUUAAAGAGUAACGCAAGAAGAGAGAAAUGUCCAGGUACACAGAAUAGAAACACCAAGAAGAAAUCAGGAUUUUGUGUUCUCAUAUUUUUCUCUAUCAUCUGAAACAUCAACAUAUUUGGAUAAAUGAACCACAUUUUACCAAAUUUUCCUAAGAUAUACACUUGUGUUAUUGUGGACAUGCAUGUUAUAUUGUGGUUUAUUGCGCAUCAUAUACUUCAUAGCACUUCAGGUUUCACUACAGCUAAAUAGAAACUUCAGGAGCAGCUAUUCUGGGGAAACAGUCAUGUGUCAUGACGGAGGAAAUGUGGCUGCAGAAUAAGCAGGCAGACCUGGCUGCAGUUUAUUUUCUGUGGUACAGCAGACGUGGGAUUUUUCCUUCAGCCUGUGUGGCUGAGUGACUUACUGACUUUUUUAACCACACAAAGCUAAGUGACUAAGUAGGAAUGCUCAUUGUUAGAUGAUGAGUAAGCAUUCCCAAACAUAUCUGGGUCAAAUGUGAAAUCGGUCAGAUUUCAGUCGAGCGCAUUGAAGAAAAAAAGACUCUGUUUGGACCCAGGCCUGACACUCCUGACACAGAUUUUAUUUGUCGGGAGAGUCAUUAAUAAGUAUUCAGUUGUCUUCUAGAUGAGAAUUUAAAUGUUUUAAUGUAACUUCAUGUAAUUUUAUCAACUUAAAUUAUUUAAUGCAUUUCAGUAUUCAUCUUUCCGGGCAAAAGUGGCAUGAUGAAAAUGUUAGUUUCUGUUUGUUUUUUGGUUCAUUUUGGAUCCUAUCUUCAGUCUUUGCUACACUGUUUUCAGACAUAAAUGUACUGAACAAAGCUGACUUUUUACUGUCCGCUGAUAUUAAAUGAAGGAUGUAUGUGAGCAUAAUGUACACAUGUUACAAAUGCUUAUACUCUGGUCUCUCCUGUACUGUAAUUCAUUCAUUCAAAGGGUUUAAAGAGGAGUAGAAUAGCUGAAUGUUUGUUGAAUGAUUCAGGAGAGGCUGCAGUUAAAGAACAGGUAUUUUACAUUGAGUGGUAUAUAGCUCACUACGCGUUUGUCACACUGUGAAUGAAUGGUUCAUGUAUGUGAAAAUGAAGUGUCUCAGUAUGUGAAUUUAAUUGGGCAAAUAAGAUCAUCUCAAUGAUGUGAAAUCCCUAACAAAACUCUAAGGCAGAUUUCUGCAAGUAUUAAAAGUGAAAGCUGGUUUGAAGUUAAAGUUUGAAAUAAUUAGAUGAUGAGCACACAGGUAAUGAACAAAAUGAACAAAAAAACAAAACACUGGUGAAGUUUCUCCUCAGAUUUGUGCAGGAUUUUGCAUCUCUGGGUGCAUCUUUAAUACAGCUGUGGUUUGUUAAAAUUCAGGUGUGAGGUUGGUAACAAAGGUCUGGCAGCUGCAGUAUACAAUUUGAAGGAGCGUGACUUCUGCUGUCUGUCUGUCGACUGUAUUAUUAGUAGGCUUUCAUGUUCAUUCUCUCCAAAUGUGUCAACAUAACUGCAUGCAAGCCUACAUGUCUGUGUUCUAAUAUUUUCUUUCAACAUAACACAUUUUUCUUUAUUUUUAAAGUUUAAACUAAGCACUUGCUGUUUAUAUUUAGUAUUAAAUGUCCACUAAUAAAGCUAAUUUACUAUUAA